AUGGAGAAUGCAAAAGGCAAGCAGUGGAAUUCCAAAAAGAAAUCAGGGGAAGAACAUAUGACUGGCAAGUCGAAACCUCAGUCAGUAGAACCCGAAGAGGAACAGCAGGCUUCUGGUGAACCAAAUGCACAACAAGCCUCCAUGAAGGGGACCAAACGAAAAAGAUCUGUGAAGGAUGACAAAGCUUGCUGUCCUCAAAAGAUGGAACAAGACAAAGAGGAUGUAAGACUUCGGAAGAGGACACCAAUUCCUCCAUUACCCUCUAAACUGCCACCAGCCAACAUGCUUCACCGAGACACCUUGAGAGCCUGGUGCCAACAACUGAAACUGAGCACCAAAGGCCAGAAAUUAGAUGCAUAUAAGCGACUCUGUGAAUAUGCUUAUCCCAAUCAACAGAACAUUCCUGUCACAGCAAAGGAGGCCAAGAUCCUGCCAGGAUCACAGAGAAAAUUGAUGAUGGACAAGGGAGAAUCGUUUCUGGAAAGUUGUGGUAAAAAGAUUUCUUCUGCUGGGACUGGUCUUCCUGAAGGGGCUGCUCCCCAUGAGGAGGGGGCACACACCCUCCAAGGGUCUACUGCUCUCUUUGAGGGAGCUGAGACUGUUGUGGUGACAACUUCCUCCCCGGAUGCUGUGUUUGCGUCCUGGAGCAGAAUUGCAGCCAGGGCAGGGAAGAUGGACGCAGUGGAAUCGAGACAAGAGGCCUAUGGUGUCAAGUGGUGCGUGGUCCACGGGAAGAGUCUCCCUGCAGGCGCGGAGGGUUGGGUGCGCCUGCAGUUUCAUGCUGGACAAGCCUGGGUUCCUGAAAAGCCGGGGAGAGUGUGUGCCCUCUUCCUGCUACCUGACAGCAGUUUUCCACCCCCGUACCUGGAGGACAAUAUGUUGUGCCCCAAAUGUGUUCAUAGGAAUAAGGUGUUAAUGAAAAGCCUCCAAUGA